GUCAAAUAAACUCUCAUCGACUUUAAAGUUCUCAAACAGCAAGACAGAUGUGAACCUGAAACUUCAAUUCAGGUAAUUUUGGAAUCUCAUUCCAUUAAAGUAAUUGACUUUAGUCAACCCAAAUACAAAAGGCUCUGCUCACCUUCAUCUCCAACCUUCACCUAACUUGAACUUAAUCGAACUCCAUUCCAGUAGUCUCAUCGCUCUAGCAUAUUAAAAUCCAUUUUGGGAAUUUGGGAUUCAGUCCUGUCCCUAAUUCUGUUGAAUUUUGCUACCGACCUAAUUUAGUAUCAACUUGUGGGAGAACAUGAAAGGGAUAGAGAAAAGGAUGGGAAUUGACUUCAAGAAUAAUGCCAAAGAGUACCCAAAUCAGAAAUGUGCAGUUUUGUUAGAGUUGAGGGAUUUGGAUGACAAGAUAUGUCCUGUGGAGUUUGGUAUUUCCAGAACGCGCCGUGUUAGUGGACCGGGUUUUGAAUAAUCCGAAAUGACACUAGCUCCAUUCCAAGAGGACCAUUGUUGAUUGGGAAAGGAUUACGAAUUCCUAAUUGCCAUCCGAAGUUGAAUGGCAUUGGAAGUAAGUACUCUACCUUCUGUUUUGAAUUGAAUUUUUCUUAGUUUCACAUUGGAUCAUGUUGUUUAGUUGAAAGCAAUUCUAGUAUUUUAUUCAAAUGAAGUUUCAGUCUUUCAUGUUUCGUAUGAUCGUCGUAAGCAUGUUAUACGCCACCUACAGUGUAAACAAUUGGGAAUGAAUUCAUUGCAACUGCUUCAAACUGAAUGUAUUGACUUAUUUUGAGUUAGUUACUUAACUUGUCAGUCCAAACUCCCCAGGAAGAAGGCAAAAAGAAAAUGACUGGGUAGAUAAUAAUCCUUUACAAGUAUUGAAUAUUGAUGGAAUUAGAAAAUGGUUAAUUGAAUGAUGAUGUUUAUUUCAAAGAAGAAUUUUCUUUGGUUGACACUGGAUAGUGAUGUUUAUUUGAAAGCAGUUUCUAAUCUUUCGUUUAAAUGCAGUUCAAAUCUUUCAUGUAUCGUAUAAUCUUGUUAAGUAAUGAUCACGCCCGCAGUCUAAACAGUUGGGAGAGGAUUCCUUGCAACUAUGUCAAAAUUGCAUGUAUUGACUCAUCUCGAGUUAGUAAUUUGUAUUCUCUCCUGUCCAAAAUCCCAGCAAGACUAAAGAAAAUGAAAUGGCAGAUGGUCAAUCCAUUACAGCUAUAGAAUAUUGCAUGAAUUAGAAAAUAAUUAAUUCCUUCCAAUCAUAACUGACAUAUGAUCACCGAAUUUAUAGGAUUUAAGUAAUUGCAGAGUUGUGGAUGUGGAAAUGUUAAUCAUAGAGGUAGAGGCUGCGGUGUUAUUUCAACUAUUGCAGCAAGGGGGUAGGGGGAUAAAUGAGGUCUAAAACUAAUUCAAAUGCAUGUGUUGACUUUUCUUAACUUAGUGAUUUGUCUUCUUUGCUGAGUCCAUACACUCCCAUUUUGACUCCCAGGAAGCAGACUAAAAGAAAAUUACAGGGUAGAUAGUUAAUCUAUUACAGGUAUAAUAUAUUGGAGGAGUUAGAAACUAACAGUUGCUUUCAAUCAUAACUCUAUAUGUAUAAUUAUUGAAUUUGUUCGAUUUAAGUAAUCUUAGAGUUGCUGGAAAGUCAAUCAUAGAAAGAGGGGCUUCAGUUUUAUUUCAACUAUUACAGCAAGGGACUAGGGGGACAAUGAGUCUUCUAUGGAAAUGAGGUGUUCGAGUAUUACAGUCAUGAAAAAUCCAUUGAAGGUUUUAAUUAGGAUGUGCUUUCAUCCUAUUUGCUCUUUUCUGCUCAUCAUUACUGCGAUAUUUUCCACAGUGGGAGGCAGCACAAGUACAUUUCAGUCCGUUAGAGAUGGCCAGACUAUAGUUUCAACUACUGGAAACUUUGAGCUUGGAUUUUUUAGUCCUGCCACUGGUUCUAAUAACCGAUACCUUGGGAUAUGGUACAAGAAGAUAUCGGCUACCAUAGUGUGGGUUGCCAACAGAGAAGCACCCCUUACUGAUUCAUCAGGUGUUCUGCAGGUCACCGACCCUGGAAUUCUUGUCCUCCUCAACCAUAACAAGAGCAUAAUUUGGUCCUCAAACACAUCAAGAUCUGCAGAGAAUCCAGUGGCCCAGCUUUUGGAUUCAGGAAAUCUUGUUGUAACGGACGGCAGUGAUACAGACCCUGAGAAUUUCUUGUGGCAAAGUUUUGAUUACCCAAGUGAUACACUCCUACCAGGUAUGAAGCUUGGUUGGAACAAAGUUACUGGCUUCAGUAGGCAUCUUACAUCAUGGAGCAGUCCACAGGAUCCUUCUCUAGGAAAAUAUACAUAUGAACUUGAUCGCAGAGGAUAUGGAGAAGAAAUUUUGAAGAAGGAUUCAGUUAUGAUAUGGCGAACUGGACCAUGGAAUGGAAUCCGAUUCAGUGGCACGCCUCAUUUAACUCCAAACUCCAUAUUCACAUACAAUCUUGUUUUUGAUGAUCAUGAUGAAGAAUAUUAUAUUUUUGAGCUUCUUAACAGCUCAGUUUAUUCAAGAUUGAUCCUCACUCCAGAUGGGCGUGUUCAGCGCUACACUUGGAUUGAUACAACCCAAACUUGGGGAUUUCUUUAUCAAACAGCUUUAAUUGAUAACUGCGACAGUUAUGCAUUCUGUGGUCCAAAUGGUGCAUGCAGUAUUGACAGUUCCCCAGUAUGUCGCUGCUUGAAUGGAUUUCAACCCAAAAAUCCAAAGGACUGGGAUGUAGUGGAUUGGUCAAAUGGCUGUGUGAGAAGGACUCCACUAAAUUCAGUAAAUUGCAGCGGUGACUUGUUUGAGAAGUACUCUGCAGUGAAAUUGCCAAACACAGAGCAGUCCUGGUUCAACAGAAGUAUGAAUCUGAAGGAAUGUGAAAUGGUGUGCUUGAAGAACUGUUCCUGCACAGCUUAUGCAAAUUUGGAUAUCACGGAUGGAGGAUCUGGCUGCUUGCUGUGGUUUGGCAACCUAAUUGAUAUUAGAAAUUUAACUGUAAAUGGGCAAGAUAUUUAUAUAAGAAUGGCUGCAUCAGAACUAGGCCUGGAUCAUGACAACACAGUUAUCAAUGCUAAAGACUCUGAAUCUAAGAAGGUUAGAAUCAUACUAUGUGGUACUCUGUUGCCUACUGGACUGCUGAUCGUGGGCAUAGCCCUGGUAUUUUAUUGCCGGAAGAAGCAGCCCAAAAAAUAUGGGAAAAUGAGGAGCAGCAAAAAAGAAGAUUCAGAACUUACCUCAAGAGAAGAAGAUUUAGGACUUCCCUCAAAGAAAGAAGAUUUUGAACUUCCAUUAUUUGACUUGGCUACUGUCGUUUGUGCCACCGAUAACUUCUCAGAGAGCAGCAAACUAGGAGAAGGUGGAUUCGGAUCCGUCUUUAAGGGUAUGUUGAAAGAUGGACAGGAAAUAGCUGUGAAGAGGCUCUCGAAACAUUCUACUCAAGGACUGGAUGAGUUCAAGAAUGAGGUUACACAUAUUGUCAAACUUCAGCACAGGAAUCUAGUGAGGCUUCUAGGAUGCUGCAUUCAGGAAGAUGAAAUGAUGCUGAUAUACGAAUGCAUGCCUAACAAAAGCUUGGACUUCUUUAUUUUUGAUCAAAGAAGAAGCUUCUUACUAGAUUGGUCUAAGCGCUUUGACAUUAUUAAUGGUAUUGCUCGGGGGAUCCUUUAUCUUCAUCAAGAUUCUAGACUGAGGGUAAUUCAUAGAGAUCUCAAAGCAGGCAAUAUCUUAUUAGACAGUGAAUUCAACCCAAAAAUCUCAGACUUCGGCCUGGCUAGAAGUUUUGGAGGAAAUGAAACUAAAGCAGAAACGAAUAAAGUGGUCGGGACAUAUGGUUACAUGUCCCCAGAAUAUGCAAUUGACGGGUUCUACUCGAUCAAAUCUGACGUGUAUAGCUUUGGUGUUUUGAUGCUGGAGAUAAUAAGUGGGAAGAGAAACAGAGGAUUCCUUCAUCCAGGCCACAACCUCAACCUGCUUGGACAUGCAUGGAACUUACACACAGAAGGCAGGUCCAUUGAAUUGCUUGCUACAUCAGUAGGGGACUCCAUUAAUCUACAAGAAGUUCUGCGAGCGAUUCAUGUGGGUGUUUUAUGUGUUCAGCAAAAUCCACAAGACAGGCCAAGCAUGUCAGCUGCAGUUCUAAUGUUAAGUGGUGAAGGUGUGCUGCCUGUACCUCAGAAACCUGGUUUUUAUAAUGAGAGGGCUCUAACUGAACUCCAAGUCCAUUCUUCUUCACAAGCAUGUUCAGUUAAUAUGCUCACUUCCACCUUAUUCGAGCCUCGUUAAUUGAUAUUUCAUGUUGGUGUAAUUGCAAUCCUUUUGUCUUUGGAAUGAGCUUGAAGUUGAAUGAAAGAAUUUAAUUUCUUGAGUA